AUAGUUUACACUAACUUAUCACGAAGACAUUGAACAUUGCAUUUCGGGAUUGCGUUACUUAGCAUAUCCAGUUUAUGUGAGAUUAAUCAUUAUUAAGGGAUUGUUAUUACGGCUCAUAUAGCCACUUCUUUGAUGAACAAAUGGUUACCCAUGUUUUUUUCAUCGGACAUAUCAAGCUCUUCUGACGUACUUUUAUUGUGUUGUGACAGAUACAUGUAAUCAGCCAACUAUUCAAAUCUCCAACUUAACAUGUUAUCUUGUGUGUAAUAUGUAGAUUGUAAUUAAUAUAAGUUUUAGUGACCAUAAUGUCUAGCCCAAUAAACAAAUCUAAAGAGUCGAAGGAUUUGAUUGAUUUUGAUUGCGAUUUUAACAGUCCUACUCAUAAGUUUUCGGAGAUACAGUUAAUGUUCGACCCCUUAAUUCCGACGUCUGUUACUUCAGAUAAAAACAAAAGAUAUGGCCAUGUUUUUCUCAAUCCUUAUGCCGAGCCUUCGGAUACCUCAAAUGAAUGUAAAACUGAACAUUCGCCUUUCGAUUUGAUGUUGGAUUAUUCAUCAGGUCCCAUUGGAUCUCAUCUCGUGAAACCAGAUGAAUUACUUCUGCCUCACACAGUAAUGGAUGCUAAUAAUGUUUUUAAAGAUGAAAAUCUCCAUUUGUCAAAUAAAAAGCUUAUUUUUCCAUCGGUUAUGGAUGUGCAAUACGAUACCUCUUCAGCGAAGCCACAAGUUAGCACCAGUUCAGAAAUUGAUUUGAAAGGAAAUCAACAUGAUUUGUUUUCAUUUUCUCAAACUGUUACUCCAUGGUGCCUUCGCAAGGAUGACAAAAAUAAUCCUCAUUGUACAACGAUUAAUCAAGAAGGAUUGUCUUCAACAACACAACUGACUCAUUUUAUUGCUAACAGUCAACCUACAGACGAAUUGAAACUAUUUGUUAGUUUUGUUCAAAGCCUGCGACGGCAAAAGUAUAAUAAGCCAAAUACGUCUACAUUGAUCAGUGAUCUUGAUAGUGAUUCUAAACAAAAUGAAAACAAUUCUGUACCUGUGUAUUCACCUCCAGACACUUGGGCAUAUGAUUGUGUCUAUAGUGAUUCUGUUACAAAUGUAAUGUUAAAAAAUUCGCACACAAGCAUUAAUUUACUUUCGUUAACUUCUAGUUCAGCUGGAUAUCAACAGAUGAAUCCGUUAUGGAAGACAGAAACUGCCGCUUCUAAUGUAUCAUAUAUAUAUCCUAAAUGUAAAGAAUAUUUCGGUUCUCAAAAUAACACUCCUGCUCAUUGGAAUAAUACACCACGUUGGUGUAUUCCUCAAUUAGAAGUACGCAUUACAGCGCAUUUAAAUACUAGAAAAAAGUCAUAUCAAAGUUUCACUACAAAUAAUCCAAAUUCAGUCAAUUCAGAAACUACGAAUAAUUCUUCAGUCAAUCCUCGGUUACGUUUAGUUUGUGAUCCUACAUCCACAUUAGUCAAUGAACUUAUGUUGGAAGCACUUGCUAACGAUUUAAUUCCACAAGAAAUUGUUCUGGAUGUCAAUCAUUUUCAAUUACGUCUUCAAGGAAGAGCUGAACUAUUACGUCCAGAUGCUCGUUUAUGUGAUUGUUAUCAGGUUCAGCUCUGUCAUCGAUUGGAUCAGCCACUGAGAUUAAUUUUAGAACCAAAAGACGUUGAUCAACCAUAUAUAGAAAAAACUCUCAGUACCAAUGAACAAUUCAUUCCUCAGAAUUUCUUCACAAAUAAUCGACCAACACCUACUGAAGAAGACAUAUUCAUCAGUUAUAGCGUAUUUCAAAAUGCACUGGAAAAGUUUCGAUCAUGUAUUGUGGAAAAUUAUGCACAAGUGGAUAGUGAAUCAUGGUUAAAAGAUGUUCACUGUGCCAGUUCGAGUUUAUGUCAGUCAGUAAAAGCUGUUUUAGCAGCUGUCUGUUAUGGUAUGGCUUUUUCUGAUGUUAUCAAUGCAUUAGGAAAUAUACAAGUGUGUAUAAUGGAUAUUGUAUAUGAUAUUGGUUUAAAUAAUAAAGUAACCAGUUUCAAGCGUCACGAUAAUAAAAAUUUUAACAGCUUUCGUAGCGAUAGUCAACAGAAUACUACACAGGAAAAUUGGUUUUCAUCAUCCUAUAAGCGAAAACAGACUAGGAUUUCUCCAACACGUGUCUCCAAUCUUCAGUCCACCUUUAAAAACACAAGCAAAACACUAGUCAAUUUAAAACGUGAUAUAAAGCCGCAAUCAAGAAAGAAACUACAUAAUUUGAUUUUAUCGUUGACGAAAAAUCUUCUCUGUCAACUAAGUGCAUUUUUUAUAUGGCGUCAAGUUAAUAUCUCAGUAAAUCCUCAAUUAAUUGGGAAUAGUAAUUUUUUAUCCAAUGGUGUAUCGAAUGAAUCAUUUAGUUAUCUGACUAAUAAACAGCUUUAUCAUACCAAAAAUGGACGCCCUAAAGCUAUGCUCAUAACGGAUGAUGUUGAUGGCGAAUUUUUCAAUGAUCGUCAACAGUCUGAACAGAAAAAAGAAGUGAAAAGUUCCAUCGAUUGUUUAGAUGCUUUAGUCGUUGGGCUUAUCGCUAUACACAAUCCUCCACCACGUAAAACAAUUGGAGCCUAUAAUUCAAAUGUAAUCGGUAACAAUACAACUGGUAAUUCAUCUUUAUCUAGUUCAUCAUCUCCUAGUCAAACCAAUCCUAAUACAUCGUCAACAAGAACAGAUGGCUAUUAUUGUGUACGUCUUGGUUUAGUGUACGCUGGACGCCCACUAAGCAAGGUAUAUCCCAGUGCAUUGACUACUCAUCAUGACAAUAUAAAUGAUAAUCAUUAUAGAUUAUCACCUUAUAAAAAUCACGCGAAGGAAAUUUCUUGGACUAGCAAUCAUUUAUCACGUGACAGUCAAAAUAAAUGCACUAGAGAUUAUUUCAUCAGUGAUCCUGGUCGUUAUCAGACAAUUCAAUCCGGUUUUCCUAAAGUUUUACAAUUUGACCAGUGGUUUAAAUUUCCAAGUUUCACUAUUAGUCAACUUCCACGAGAAGCAAUGUUAGCUAUUAGUUUAUUUUGGUGUAAGAAAUUGAAUACGGACAAUUCUGAUGUUGACGGGACGUUAAUCGGUUGGGUGAAUUUACCUUUAUUCGAUAUAAAUGGUCGAUUAAAACAAAACACAAUGAUUGUUGGUCUUUGGCCACCAUCUGAAUUAAUGCAUGAAUAUCGGCCUACAUGGUCCCAAUCAAAUAGUUCACCAGGAUGUCCAGUUGUACAGCUUUGUUUUCCUGAAUAUCAAUAUGAAAUUGAAUUCCCUGUCAUUAUCCAAUCAGAAAGUGAAUUGGAGAACUCUAAUGAAAUACAAGUUUCAUCGUUUCAUUCACUUUGUUCCGAUGCAAAACAGUCGAUAAAUGAAGCUAAAUCUGCUAUUUUCAUGCAAAUAUUAAAUCCAGAAUUAUCAUUUAAAUCUGUUGAUGGAUGUUUAAUGGCUUAUAGUGCAGCAUCAUCAUCAGUGCAUCUGUCUAAACGACAAGAACGUGUCCCAAUCCCUGUCUUACAUUUAGCUGUACUCAAUUCUAUGAAUUCAUCUUUUAAUCAGUACAACGGAAAUGUGAUUGGGAAUAUUAGUUGUAACAGUGGUAUCAGCGGUGGUGGUAGUGGAUCAAGUGGCCAUCUUGGCAACAACUCUAAUUCCAGUAAUAAUAAUAAUAAUAACACUAAUAGUUGUAAUAGUAGUAAUAAUAGUAUUAGUAAUAAUUUAACAACAUGUAAUAUCAAUUCAGUCGCUUGUUAUCUACCAUGUCCACCUGCAAUCGCUAUUGAAGUUUUAUGGAAUUUACGUUAUUCUAUAAUUGAUGUACCUGAUGCUAUGAUUGCAUUUGUUAUCAGUUGUCUAGUUAGUUGGCCACAAGCAACAAGACAGAAUUUAAAAAGUUAUACAGAUAAAUGGUGUUGGCAAAAAUUACUGAAAGAAAUAUACAGUCUUUUAGCAGUCACUCCAGUACCUUAUCCUGGUCUCAUUCUACGUCUACUUUCAUCGGAUGUUGCAGAUCAAGGUAUACGUCAUUGGGCUACUAGAGCAUUGUCAUUACUGUCAUCAGAUAAUCUUCUUUUAUAUCUUCCUCAAAUAAUUGAGGCUGUAAACCAUGAUUUAUACCUUGAUUAUUCUGGUUUAGUAAGCUUACUCUUAUAUAGAGCUGCAUUUUCAAUGCGAUUCGCCAAUUCUUUAUAUUGGUAUCUUUAUCCAAUGCUACAUCAUCCUCAACCAUUAUCUGAAUGGAAAUUACCACGUUUUCGUUUUAUUCAAGCCGCUCUAUAUUGGAAUGCCAAUUCUAGACUACAUGCUAUGUGGAAACGUCAAGAGGAAAUGAUUAAUCAUUUGUCUGUAACUGCAACAAAAGUUAAACAGGCUCGACCAAACGCUUCAGUUCGUGAAAAUAUUCUUUAUACGCAUCUAAAACGGUUUAUGUCUGAACUUUCUAAAAGCUACCAUGAUAUAUCGUCAUCAUCAUCCCACAUUGAAACAACAGAUAAAAACAUUUCAAUGUUACGAUCCAAUUCUUGGGCAGAUGAUCAGUUGAUCAGUGAUUUCUCCAAACUAGAUUCAGAAUGGUCAAGAAACAAAUCUGCCGAUAAUAUUCUAAGUGAAUAUCAACUAUCUCAAUAUGAUCUUGGUUUGAGAAUGCCAUAUAACCCUGGACUAAUAACUCAUAGACUUGACAUUACUGCUUGUUCUUACUUUACAUCAUUCACUUGUCCAUUGAGACUUGUAUUUCAUGCAUUGGAUGCCGGUACUGAACCAUUUAUGGUUAUGUUUAAGGUUGGUGAUGAUUUACGCCUGGAUAGUUUAAUCUGUCAGCUGACUUUUCUUAUGGACCGAAUAUGGUUAGAUGCUGGAUUAGAUUUACGCAUGAUUCAUUUUCGUAUUCUGCCAACCGAAGAACAAAAAGGUUUUAUUGAAUUGGUUUCAGAAUGUAGUACACUUCGACAGAUUCAACAACAAGGUGGUGGUUUAACUGGACCUUUCAAAGAAGGUGUUAUCACGAAAUGGUUGCAAUCACAAAAUAUUACUGAAUUGGAUUAUAAACGAGCCUUAGAUAAUUUUCUACGUUCAUUGGCUGGAUGCUGUGUAGCAACGUAUAUACUCGGUGUCGGUGAUCGGCAUAAUGACAAUAUUAUGAUACGUUAUUCUGGCCAUGUAUUUCAUGUUGAUUUUUCUAAGGUAUUUGGAAAUAGCCAGACAUUUGCUGGUAUUAAAAGAGAUCGUGUACCUUUCGUGUUGACACAAGAUAUGUUACACGUCUUAAAUACCUAUUCUAAAGAUGUAACAGAUUUACCGUAUGGUGUAAAUAAUUCAUCAGGAUUUGGUUAUACACCAGGUCAUGGAUCUAGUCAUUCACAACAAGGUGUACAAAUCUUUAUUGACAGAUGUUGUGAAGCUUAUAAUUUACUAAGACAUCGUUCAUAUCAACUUAUUUCAUUGCUUGAAUUAAGUUUAUCAAUGAAUAUACCAGGAUUAAAUCGUGACUGUAUUCGAUUUGUUUUAAGAGCAUUACGAUUAGAAUUGAAUGAUCAAGAAGCGAGCCAAUAUUUUACUGAAUUAGUUCGUAAGACUUUACACUCAAAAUCUUCUAGUCUGAACUUUUUUGUACAUGGAUUGGCUCAAGUUAAACAAGCUUCUCAUGGUGGAGGUGUUUCUGGCACAAAUACAAAUGCAUCUGACAAUAAUUCCCCUCCAAUCAUAAACAAUCAAUUUGAUAAUCAUUGGAAUACAGAUAAUAAUAUGAAUAGUAACAAUAAUAAAAGAGUUAACAACAAUAAUUCAAACAUUAGUGGUAAAUUGGUUAGUGAUUCAAAGACUCGAUCCCCUCCGACUAUAAGUAAUUCCCUUUCAAAUUACACUGGAACUGGACAAAUAUUUAGUUUUAACCCGAAACGCUUCACAAAUGACUCAGAUGGAACUAUUGAUGCGAUUGUGGUGGAAACUGCGGUGAAAAAGAAAACCGACGAUAAACAUUCCGAUUAUUACUUCCCAAUGAAUGUUUGGCGGGAAAAUUGUCGAGUUCCAACUAGAGUUUAUCGUCGUGUUUCAGAUUUAGAAGAAUUAGAAACGCGAUUGCAAGAACGUUUCCCAAAUUCAGCUGUUACUAAAACUGUGUCGCAUAUCAUGAAUGCUUUAAAUUCAAUAAGUAUUAGUUCUACACGAUCUCAAGAUCAUGUGCAAUCUUUAACAGACAGCUUACUUUCAGGUGAUGAUAUUGUGUCCAAAAGUGCAAUCGUAUAUACUUUCUUUCACAGUGUAUUGUUCGAUGAAAGAUUUACUGCUGAAGACAUGCCAUCACAAGGGCUGACAACAUCAACUUCAUCAUCAUUAAUCAAUUGUUGGUCAUCUUCAUCACCAUUACAAGAUUAUUUGCCUGAAAAAUCUAAAGAAUACACAACUCCUUUACUCAUCCCAUCAUUAUCUUCAUCAUCAUUAUCAUCGUUUCAUUUGUUUCAUAAUAAUUCUGAUGAUUUAUUAACAUCAACAUAUAAAGUAGACCAUUUGCCAGCUGUACAUAUUCAGUUAUAUUUAAGUGAGAAUUCCAGGCGUUUAGAUGUUUUAAUCAAGCAUGCCAGAUGUUUAGUAAGCUUUUCUUGUACAGUUUUUAUGGUACUUACUUUCUUUAAUCACUUUCUAGCUUGUUGUUACUGUUAUCGUUGUUCUGAUUCAACUUGUUAUUUCGGCUUUUUAAACUUAAUUAUAUGUGCGUGGGAUGGGCAUAUGAUUGUUUUUUUUUUUGAUGAAUUCAUUUCCUUCCAUACAUUAAUGAUGUUAUGUAUGGAAAUGGAUGAUUGUUUUUUUCACCUAUCCACUUUUCUGGUUAUUCUUGUUGUCUGAAACAGUUUCUCCUCUUCCUAGUUUGCAUGUGUACUAAAGGUGUUUACUUGAGUGAGCUUAUGUCAUGCUGUCCGAUCAACGCUAAAUGCUAAUUGACCUCUGUCUAUGAGAUAGAAACAGUCGCUAGUUUAAAUAACUUAACAUUGUGAAGCAUUUUUUUAAUGAUACACAAUCUGAGGCAUGGACUGAAUGAUUAGGAUAUACUCAAUGCUACAGCUUACUAACAAGCAUUGCACUUAGGUCUGUAGCCGUCUGUCUGUUUCUUUUAAGGUGUAUUUUGAGGAGAAAAUAAGUGAUAAAUAGUUGAUGAUGAGAUUACUCAUUCGUAUCAGUGUGCAGUGAUAAUUGUUUCGGUAAAUGUUACUUUUGGUCUGUGCAUCCUGUCUUUGUCCGUUUUUCUUCUACAUACCGUGCUUCAAAAGGGUUUUCAAGGCUGUUUUUUCAGACACGUGUGGCAAAUCAACAUUCUUGGACAACAUCAAAUAUGAUCUGCGAUCUUUAAUGAUUUAUUGAUCAAUGUAGAAAUUUAUCCCUCCUUAAAUACGUAACCUAUACUUCGGUAUAUGUCCAUGAGAAUUUCAUUUUUCUUAUUCUAGCUGGUUGAAUGAUUCUAAUUAUGAUGAGCACUAGACUUUUGGAAAUUUUGGAAAUUCUUAACUUACAAGGCUCGAAGUCUGCUCAUCUUUUUAUAGUUGCAUAACCUGUUCUUAACUUUCUGCACGAAACAAUAUAGACCAUAGUAUAAUAGAUUGUUUCAUUGUCAUAGGCAUGCGCACAAAAAGAUUAUUUUCUCUGUCACAAGAGAGAUUCGAAGCUAAUAUGCUAUAUGCUUUAAGUAAAUAUAUUUCCAGCUGAAAAAAUAUGGUAAUUGUUAUAAAAUCAUAACUUGUAACAACUGUUCAAUCAUCCUUUUUCUAUUCUUUGUUUCCCAUAAUAUGUAUAAGAUACUGAAAUUUCGAAAAAAUCAAUAAACAGUUAUUUUGCCAUAAUGAUAUUCUUGUAUUCUAUUGGUAAGUCUUUAGCAUGGAGACUGAAUGCAUAAUUAAUCGGUAUCAAAGAUGUAAGGUAAUCUUUAUUAUCGAUCAGUUAAUAGAACUAUCUUCAACUGUGCUAACUCACUAUAUUACAUUUGACUGAAUAUAACCUUUUAACAUCAUCUAGCCAGCACGAUACAUUCAUCCAUGAGAUAAAAAUGAAAUUGUUUACACAGUGGUUAGUCGUUUAUUACUCAUUACAUUAUACUCAUUCACUUUGGUAAAUGAUGACAUCUGAAAUUGGAUUAACUAAUAGUGGGAAUACAUUUUUCAUUCAAUCACAUGAUGAAAAAAUUUUUUAUUGACAAGACUAUGCAUUGUGUUGCUCAUUUCUAUAAUUAGGCGAAAUUGAAAUAUUUCAACUCUUUUAUAUUCACCUAUAAAGUAAUAUGACUGAAAUAAUUGACAGUUGGAUUUACCAAGUCUUUAUUCUUUUACUGAAAAAAAUCUGGAUUAAAUUAUACAAAGAUUGUUCUGUUCGGAAACAUUAGGCAAUAUCAUAUGACAUUAAUGUUAGAAUAGCUUACUUAUCAACCCGAUUCAUCUGUAAUAUACUAGGUGAAUUAAGAUGCGUUUAUCAAAUUAAUUAUGUUCUGUUGUUACUGUUUGUUUUUACUGAAGCCGAAUUCAGAUUCACAUUUUGUUGAAACGUCCCUAAUUGAUCAUAUUGUUGUGCAUUGUGCAAUAAGUUAUUAUGUAAUCGAAUGUAAAAAAUUAUAUAUCUCUAUGCAUACAUUCUGUUUAAGGUCAACUCCAAUUUUGAUCUUCAAAUCUUUUUUUAUAUAUUUUAGUACAUCCCCGGAUCGAGUGAGCCACCAGAUGUGUAUAUAAAAGUUUAUUUACUUUCUGGCCGACGUCGUAAAACAACUAAACAUAAAACAAACAUUGUUCGACGCUCUAGCUUUCCAUCAUUCAAUAUCACAUUUUCUUAUGACCUCAUUCCAAAUGAUAUACAGUGUGGUUUUAUUGAAGUUUCUGCUUGGCAUUCUGUUCAUAUUGGUGAAAAUAUACCAUUUGGACAAAUCUACAUUCAACUGAAAUCAAUUCGUCCAGGACAUGUAUACUCAAACUGGUAUAUACUAUGCUCAGAUCCAGCGUGUUUAAGUUAAUUCUUUUACGGAUAAAAUACUAAGCCUUACAUUCUGCCCACCGCUUUCAAUUUAUUUAUUCUUAAUACACAUUAACUAGUUCCGUCGUUGGAACAAAGUAUACAUCCUAAAUUUCUUAUUUCUACUCCAUUACCUACGAAUUUAAUUUGUGACUCGUUUAUUCGAACUACACAUGUAUUAUUUAUGCAUUAAGAUCAUUCCAGCUAUUUAAUUGUCUUCUCACUAUUAUAUUUUUAUUGCAUCAAUGAAAUUUCCUACACUAACAAAUCCCAUAUUAUAGAUCCACUGAACAAUCAGCCAUCUCAUCUAUUGAAACGCGGAACGAAGCAGCGUGGUUUCUUACGAAGCUGCUUAACUUAUCGAAAACUUUAAAAUCCCUCUUUUUUCAAAUGAGUAGAAUACAUAGAUCUAUACGUAUACUUAGUUAGUCACCUAUUUCUAGAUAGAAAAUAAAGUAAGCUUCCGUAAUCAUUCUCUCUUACUCAUAUGCUCACAUUUCGGCAUGUUAUAGAUUCUAUUGUAUUCUACUCAUUUCUUUCCAUUAUCAAGAAGCAGUCAGAAAUAAUAAAAAAACUAUUCUGACUUGUAAGCAACGCUUGCAUUUCCUUUGUCCUAUUUCGAUAAACCUCUAUUGUGUAAUAAUUUUAUUUUCAUGUAUUGUUUUACAAUGGUCAAAAUCGACGUGUCGGAAUACUUCUUUUGUAUGAUAUGAGUCUAAUAAAUAAAAUAAAAUUUGUAUUUGUGCUUUUAAUCACUGGAAUAUACAUAUACACUAAUGUACUGUUGAUUUCCUUUUAUAUUGAUCUUUUUUAUUGUUGUGAUUGUUUUCUCUUAUGAUUUGUGUAUACUUGGUUGUGUAAAAUAAUGUCUUUCCUGUAUGUAUAUAGAAUAAUAACUGUUUAUUAUAGUCUACAUAAUAUUUUUUAACAUUUUUGAAAUGAUUUUUAAUGUGAUUUAUAUCCAUAUACUCAUUCGUUUCUUCCUUUUUUGUUAAAGAUUUUUAUUAUGAAAAUGAAUAAAGUGAUUGUAGUUAUAAACUAUUGUUCCAUUGUUUUAUGAUUACAAUAUGGUAUAUGUUAACAAGUGUAAUACUUCAGUUUAUAAAAUCGUUAACUACUGGCCUUAUCCAUUUUGAUGUGCGGAGUUCCUACUUUGGGCAAUCAUAGUACUCACUAUCAACGGUUAGAGACUUAAAGUAACAUUGCACAAAGUCAUUUGAAGUAGCCUGAUUGUAUUUAUUCCCUAUGUUAGCAUAAAUUUUCAGUUAAAUGUUAUUCUUAACUUGUCUUUUGAUCUCAUUUGUUUAUUUCGAACUGUUUUCCUUUGAUAGUUUACUUCAUGAAUUGAUCUUAGUUAAGCUACCACUGAAAGCAGGAAACAUUGGACAGCUGUUUCAUACUAAUAUAGAGCUCAGUCAUAUCCAUUUGAUGACCUCUUAGGUAACCAAACCAAAGAUCUUUAGAGCUCACAAUGAACGCUUAACGUUAAGACAUGGGUCGACAUCCAAUGGUUUACAUGUCUUCAAUCGAUUCAUAAUGUCGCUCACCUAUCUUCCAUUAUCUACUUUACACCUAAUACGAUCCAACGCCAAUGAUAACGAUUUCUCAUUAAAACUUAAACUUUCCCCCAAAGCUUUUCACUAAUGAGUAUAUUAUUUUUUGUUGAUGUUUCCAACGUUAAAUUUAAUCCCUCCCAUUUACUUCCAUUCUUUGUUAAUUUCCCUUGUGCUGUCUUGUAAUGUAUUACAUGUGCCAAUAUAGAUUCACGCCAGGCCCCACGUUGUUUACAGCUAAAUGAG